AUGAUGACCGUGUGCAGGCCGGCCGAGGGCAGCCACAGCCACACCGAAAACCUGAGCUACAAAUUGGCAGACAAGGUCAAGGUGAAAGAUCCAAAGACUGGGGAAGACCCUCAAAGGCAACCAGUUGGGUCUUCCAUUCCUUUUCUAGAAGCUGGUCAGGAGCCACCUUUCAGAAGUAGCCCACUGGAAAGCUUCAGUAACCUUGUGCUAGAGUCAAGAGUGGACAUGUUCAGCUCAAAGAUGAUCAUCAGUGACCCAGCUGCAGAAGCCAGCAGGGCCGGGAAGAAGCACCUCAGAGAUGCUCAGAACCCACGUCCAUCUGCCAGAGUUGGAGCCCGACACAAGUCCCUCAGCAUAAAGGAUAAGAUAUCAGAAUGGGAAGGGAAGAAGGAGUCAUCCACUCUUGUACCUGGCAGCAAAGUGGAUGGACAAGAGGAUUAUCUGACCUCCUGUGUGGUAGGGAGGAGGAGAAGUAGUGAUGGGGUAAGGCCUCAGGUCACAGAGGCUAAGAAUGGAACAAGGUUGGAAACAGAGAACAGAGAAAAUGAGAGGAGUAAAGAGGAAGUAAAAGUCCAGGGACAGAGCCCAGAGCAGUGGCAAGAUCCGAGCCAGCCAGCCAGGGAGCUGGAUCCUAGCUUGGGCCGGAGCCGAGAGCCGAGGGUUGGCAGGCGCUUUCAGAAUGAUCAGCUCUCGGUGCUGAAACAGGUCAAGAAGCUUGAGCAGGCUUUGAAGGAUGGAUUGGCAGGGUUGGACCCCCAGUUACCCGGGACUUGUUAUUCCCCACACUGCCUGCCUGAUAAGGCAGAAGAAGGGCCCACCCUCCCUGAGAACCUGGGAGGUGGGGGAGGUUCAGAAGUCAGCUGGAGAGUCCACCACGUGGACCUGGAAGGCAGGGAGUCUGCCCCUGAGGCUGCUGAGAAAAGGAAAGGUUCAUGUGGAAAGCCGGGGGACCAGAGCCUCGAGAGUAUGUACAGGGGCUCGGAGGGUCCCCCCCCAAAGCCCUUCAUCAACCCCUUGCCAAAGCCCCGGAGAACGUUCAAACAUGCUGGAGACGGGGACAAGGAUGGGCACCGGGGCAUCAGCUUCAGGAAAGAGAAGAGAAACCUGCCUCCCCUACCCUCUCUACCUCCCCCGCCCCUGCCCUCCUCUCCCCCUCCUCCCUCUGUGAACAGAAGGCUGUGGACUGGGAGACAGAAAUCCAGCACUGACCACAGAAAGUCCUACGAGUUUGAAGACUUACUGCAGUCUUCCUCUGAGAACAGCAGGGUGGACUGGUACGCGCAGACUAAGCUGGGGCUCACACGCACUUUAUCAGAGGAGAAUGUUUAUGAAGACAUUCUGGAUCCGCCAGUGAAGGAAAACCCUUAUGAGGACAUUGAGUUACAUGGUCGCUGCUUGGGGAAGAAAUGUGUCUUGACCUUUCCUGGUUCUCCCACCUCUUCCAUCCCAGACACGCCUGCCAAGCAGUCAUUGUCCAAACCUGCUUUUUUCCGGCAAAAUUCAGAGAGGAGGAACUUCAAACUGCUGGACACUAGGAAGCUGAGUCGGGAUGGCACUGGGUCCCCUUCCAAAGUCAGCCCCCCCUCCACUCCCAGCAGCCCGGAUGACACAUUCUUUAAUCUUGGAGACCCACAGAACGGCAGGAAGAAGAGAAAGAUACCCAAGCUGGUGUUGCGAAUCAAUGCCAUUUAUGAGGCCCGGAGAGGAAAGAAACGGGUGAAGAGGUUGUCCCAGUCCACGGAGAGCAACUCAGGAAAAGUGACAGAUGAGAACAGUGAGUCUGACAGUGACACGGAGGAGAAGCUGAAAGCUCACAGCCAACGCCUGGUCAACGUGAAGUCCCGGCUGAAGCAGGCCCCACGGUACCCGUCACUUGACCGGGAGCUCAUCGAGUACCAGGAGAGGCAGCUCUUUGAGUACUUUGUGGUCGUUUCUUUGCACAAGAAGCAGGCCGGAGCUGCCUAUGUGCCAGAACUCACCCAGCAGUUCCCCGUGAAGUUGGAAAGGUCUUUUAAGUUCCUGAGAGAGGCUGAGGACCAACUGAAGGCUAUUCCCCAGUUCUGCUUCCCUGAUGCCAAAGACUGGACUCCUGUCCAGCAGUUUACCAGCGAAACAUUCUCAUUUGUCUUAACUGGAGAGGAUGGGAGCAGAAGGUUCGGUUACUGCCGAAGACUACUGCCUGGAGGCAAAGGGAGGCGCCUCCCUGAAGUGUACUGCAUCGUGAGCCGCCUGGGAUGCUUCAGCCUCUUUUCAAAGAUCUUGGAUGAGGUAGAAAAAAGACGAGGCAUCUCUCCUGCCCUGGUGCAGCCCCUCAUGAGGAGUGUCAUGGAAGCCCCUUUCCCAGCCCUUGGCAAAACCAUCCUCGUCAAGAACUUCUUGCCAGGCUCAGGAACAGAGGUGAUUGAACUGUGCCGCCCACUGGACUCCCGGCUGGAACACGUGGACUUUGAGUCCCUCUUCUCCUCUCUCAGCGUGCGCCACCUGGUCUGUGUUUUUGCAUCCCUGCUUCUGGAAAGGAGGGUCAUCUUCAUUGCAGACAAGCUCAGGUACCAGCUUGGCUACUUCCACUGA